CGCAGACGUUAGCCUCUGUUAGCAUUAGCUUGAGCUGCUGAAGAAACAGCGCAUCUCUUCAUCAUCACUGAACACAAUGAUCCGAAACUCCGCUGGACGCUAGAAGAGCCACACUCCGGCCGACAAAAUGAGCCGCUUCAGUGCAGACAACAAUAACUUCCCAUAUGAUAAUAACAUCCUGGUUCUGGACAUGGUUCUGGGGUCUCUGUGGGGGGUUCCUCAGCCCAUCAACUGGGACAACGUGGCCAAACUGGUGCCUGGGUUCACACCAAAGGAGUGUUCACUGAGGUUUGAGGAGCUGAAGACGUCUGGAGCAUUCCCACAUUUGGAUAACGAGUGUAACACCCUGACUGAAGGCACCAGUCCGUCUGCAGAUACAGGGAACACAGAGGGGGCCGAGGAGGAGGUCCGCGGGCAGAGCAAAAACACAGUUGGGCGUAAACCUUCGUUCUCUGGGAGGGUCUGCACUGUGGAGAAGAAGGAGAAACGUGUCACCAUUGAAGAGGACGGGAAACCACAGAAACCAAAAGAUCCAAACAUGGUGAUCCACGUGUGUGAUGAGACCAAGAGCCUGAAGCAGGACUUCACGUGUCCUCGUGAGCUCCUCGUGAAGGAGAUGAAGUACUUCUCCGAGUAUUUGUCUGUGGACGCCCAGCGCUGGGACGAGGUGGACAUCUCUGUGCACUGUGAUGUCCAGAUCUUUGACUGGCUCAUGAACUACGUCAGGAGGAACGCAGGCGGAGACGGGGCCAAGGACAAGCCCAGGCUGGAGCCCAGUAAUGUGAUCUCCAUCCUGAUCUCUUCUGAGUUUCUGAAGAUGGACACUUUGGUGGAGGAGUGUAUCCAGUACUGUCACAAACACAUGAGCGCCAUAGUGUCCACUCCCUGUAACAUGAACUGCAUCAACAGUAACCUGGCCUCACGCAUCUCUGAACAGUUCAACCACAACGAGGCCGAUGACAUCCGCGACAAGAAGGACAAGUUCAAGAGUAAAUUGUUCCAGAAGAAGAUUGAGCGCCUCUUUGAUCCACUUUAUAAAAACAGAGACUCACCUGGAAACGCCUCUACACUGUACAGGUGUGGCCUGUGCCGGAAGCUUCUGACCAGAGACACAGAGAGGAGGAUCUGCUGUGUCCACGGGAAGAUCAACGUGGACCAGAGAGGAGAAAUCAUCUACACACACAGCAGACAGAAGAGUUGGGAUGUUCAUGACUUUCUGUCUGACCAGUUUGAGGAGCUGAAGUCCUGGGUCCUGGUUUACUGGAGACUCUGGGGAACCAUCAACCACUUAACCUGCUCCAGGUGUCAACAGGUGGGAGCCACACCAACCAAACACUUCAGCAGGUGUCCACAGGUGUUUGUGUGCUCAGAGUUGACCCAGUGCCGGUACCACCCUGACAGUGUGCAGUACCCAGGAUCAGCUGAGAAGGGUGGACAUGGAGCGGGAGUGUACCCUUGCUGCAACCAGAGGGUCCUGAGGUUUGACCCCUCUGCUAUGCCCAAGGGCUGUAGGAUGAGGGAUCACAUCGUGAGUCUCCCUGAUGAUGCAGACGAGGCUCACACCAGAGUCCUGAACGAUCUGCUACUGCACAGAGAUGCAGUGUGUGUGUCUGCUCCUAACCUCACAGACAGCCCAGAUGAGAGCACCUCCAGCUCAGAGAAGCUCCAGGACUGUGAGGUUCUACUGGAGCCCACUUUAGUCGGACCCAACCGAGCUGACGGACCAACAUUUUCUCUUCUGAAAAACUGGAGCCUUCAGUUGAAGCAGCAGUGUCUCCUGUCUGAGGAUGAGGAGUGCACCACGGGGUCAGAGGUCACAGAGGACGAGGUUGGAGACGAAGAGGAACUCAACAAGAAACAAGCGGCGAAAAAGGCCAAAAAAACUCCCCGUCCUCUGAAGAAGCAGCUGUCAUCCCCCAACUUCAGUCGUCGAGAGAAGAGUGACAAAGCGCAGAUGAAAGACAGCACUCCUUUCACCGUCAGUCUUCAGAAAAGUAAAUGGGACUCCAGCAGAUCUCUGAGGUACAACCAGGACGCACAGAGGGAGGAGGACCAGCGGAGGAUGGCAGAGAUCAUCGGACAUUUGACUAAGAUGAGGUUUGGAGAUCAUGAGCAGAGCCGAGCCAAAGACAGACAAGAGCCGUCAGGAGGGAUCUACUCCAGACUCGAGGCUCAGUUCAGAAACUCUCUUCAGCAGAGACAGGUGCACGAGAAGACUCCCAGGUCUAAAAUGCGUUACGCUCAGAUCAAAUCCACGUAAACCUCCAGCUCCUCGUCUCCUCCAAGCUCAGGUCACGACUCGGGCUGCGUCCCAUUUCUGUUGAAGUGCCUCCUUGAUCCUCAGAAUACUUUCACGUCGAGUUUUAUUGUUGUUUUAUGAUGUUGUAAAAACGUGACAAAGGAUGAAAACCGCUUUACGUUUUAGUACACGCCUAUUUGAAAUGUAUCGACUAAAUACAGAUGGAAAAAUCACAUGUGCGCUCGCCACAAGUGUUUAGAAUUUUUAAACUCUUAACUUAAAGACAUGUUUGAAUUCUUUUCAUUCUGAAUUUCAUUUAUACAAUACAAUUCAGCUGUCAAAUUUCUCAAAAAAGUUGAAUUUGAGGCUUUGAAAGUUGAAUUUGAGGCUUUGAAAAUAGGUUUUGAAUCUAUUUAAAAGCCACAUUUUUUACAUUUUAAAAUUUUUAAACUGAGAAAAACACUAAGGUAUCCUCAAAAAAUCUGCGACAGUAACAGAUAAAAACAGGGUUAAAACAUUGAAAAAGUGAAGUCUGAUGAAACAAACCUGAUGAAACAAAUGAUCUUCCAUAUAUGCUGUAUUUUAUUUAAUUUUUAUCUCACUAAUAUUGUGCUGUUUGAAAUGAGAAUUACAUGAACAAAUACCUUUUUGAAAGUAACCGGUAAAUGACAUGUAUUAUUAUUAUUUUUUUUUUAAAUAAGGUUAAAUCCUGAAUAGCACCAAAUGAAAUUGUUUCAGGUGAGGAAUCAAGUCGCUACAGAAACUGGACGCAGCUGUGGAUUUGGAACUUUUGGUGGAAUCAUUUGCACUUUGGAUUUAAAACUGUAAAACUGCAUGUAGAUUAUUGUACAGUAUUACCAAUAAUAAGAGUCAGAAUGGCCUCUGGGCAAAGGACAGUCUCUGAAGAAGGCCCAUUUUAGAUUUUUCUCCUUGGGGCGGCUGCAUUUUAAACGUACCUUUUACACCAGAUACCCUUCCAGAUGCAAUUGUACUCAAAUGGACCUAAGACUGGAAUGUAACUUAUUUAGAAGUAGGAGAUUUGAAAACAAUACUGAAUGUGAUGUUAUACACUUGAAGGCUUGGCGAUUGCACAGAAAAUUCACUACUUAUUAUUACUACUACUACUACUGCUACUCUGGAAGUUUGUUUUAUUACCAAAAAUGCCUAGAGAAGUAUUUUAAAUGGUUAUAUUGCUACUAUAAAUGCAUAAAUAUUUGAAUGUGAUCUUGUGAAAAUUGCCAGUUGCCAUUUUAGUUUUAAGAAAUUGAACUCUGAUUGUAAUUCCAUUUACACUGACCACGUGCACUAGUAAUAAAAUCAUGAACGGACA